AUGCCAUCAAAAAAAACUUUCCAGAGAGGCUGGAAGAGUUACAAAGAGUAUGCAUGGAUGAAAGACGAGCUUACUCCCCUCUCCGCCAAGGGUAAGAACACAUUUGGUGGCUGGGCAGCAACAUUGGUUGAUUCAUUGGAUACGCUGUGGAUCAUGGACUUGAAGCAGGAGUUUUGGGAGGCAGUUCAAGCGGUAGCGAUGAUCGAUUGGGCUGAGACCGAAGAAACGGCAUGCAACCUCUUCGAGACCACCAUUCGCCACUUAGGAGGCCUUCUCGCCGCAUACCAGCUGAGUAACGAACAUAUUCUUCUGGAGAAGGCUGUUCAGUUAGGGGAUAUGCUGUACACGGGGUUUGAUACGCCUAUUCGACUACCUGCAUUCUGGCCAUCAGCUAGUCUUGGGAGCUUAUCAAUGGAAUUCACACGACUCUCUCAGCUUACUCACGAUCCAAAAUACCAUGACGCUGUUUCGAAAGUUUCAAGCCUGCUGCACCAGACCGAAAAUGCUACAGUAUUACCUGGUAUGUGGCCAACCUUUUUCAAUCUAAAGGAAGGGAUCCUCACAGAAGACAAUACCUUUACACUCGGAGCGCUAGCCGACUCUUUGUACGAAUAUCUCCUCAAAAUGCAUCCUUUACUUGGUGGUAGCGACUCAAGAUACGCAGACAUGUAUUUAGCUGCGGCCGAAGCGAUCAAGAAUAAACUGUCAUAUAGGCCCAUGACCCCAAACAACGACGAUAUUUUUUUCACAGGUACCUACCACGUCGAAUCGCCCUCCUGGCUCGAUCCGGAAGGACAACACCUUGCGUGUUUCACGGGCGGGAUGUUUGCUCUUGGUGGUCGUUUCUUCAAUAACCAGGAGCAUAUCGACAUCGGCAUUAAACUCACUAAAGGCUGUAUCUGGGCAUACAAGGCUUUCCCCACAGGUAUCAUGCCCGAGAUCUUCAGUCUGGUAACGUGCAACACUCUAGCUGGCUGCGUAUGGGACGAGGGAAGAUGGCAGCAGGCUGUCGCAGAUGAUCAAGAAGGUCAUUUGUCACUGCCAAAAGGAUUUCGUAAUGCUCGAGUACCAUCUUAUAUCCUUCGCCCCGAAGCUAUUGAGAGUGCAUUCGUGCUGUACCGAAUCACUGGUCUGGAGGAGUUCCAGAACGCAGCGUGGGACAUGUUUCAAGCUAUAGAAACCGCCACUUCUACGCCCUUUGGAACGCUGCGAUCGACAAUGUCACCGUUUCGGGUCAGCCAUCACAACGGAACUCGAUGGAAAGCUUUUGGCUUGCUGAGACACUGA